AUGAAGAUUACUUAUCAAUGGACAAUUAAUUUCUUUGGCAUGUCUUUGGUGUUUUUUAACGCCGAUGCCAUAACAGGCGCUAUAACGGAUUCGCGUUGUUAUCUCGAAGGCGGCGGUUCAGCAGAAAGUUUCUUUGCAAAUGAAGAUCUUCAAGUGGGAGCAAAUAUUGGAAAAUUGCGUAUAAAUGGAAACCCCGACAUAGACGAAGGAGAUAUUGACUUGUCGCUUCGCGAGAAAGAUACACCAAUACAAAUAGUAACUGGAACUAAAGAUUUGUCAUUGGCUGUGGAAUUGGACAAAGAAGGAGUGCGGGGUCCCUCUUCAGUAUAUGUCAAUGUAAUUUGUACGCGGCGUCGAUCUACAGAUCCUAGUUUCGUGAUUCCCGUGAAUGUGCGUGUAAUCGAUGUCAACGACAACGCUCCACUCUGGGUUGGUGCACCAUACACGCUGACACUCUCUGAAGUCACUGUACCUGGUACGAGAAUACUGCAAGGGGCACAUGCUGAAGACGCCGAUCAGCCGGGUCCAUUUUCCACUGUGGAAUACCAGAUAUUGCCGGGACCAUAUUUUGGAUAUGUCCAGUUUCUAAGCCCUCUCGAAGGCACGCUAGUACUGAAAAAAUCGUUAGACUAUGAAACUAUGCAAAACUUUACUGUGAAACUCAGAGCUCAAGAUCAAGGCAGUCCGCCAAAGUAUACCGACACUACACUGAGAGUAGUGAUUACCGAUGCAGACGAUCAAAAUCCAAAAUUUCAAUAUGAAUCCUACACGGGGGAGCUUCCAAGCGAUGGGCGACCUGGCGAAUUAAGAUUGCGACCUGAACAAAUCGCAGCGGUCGAUCAAGAUGAGGGCAUAUGUGCGCCUAUUCAGUACACAAUAGUUCAAUCGCAAGACACCAAAUACUUUCGAAUCAAUCCUCAUACGGGCAUAAUUAGCUUGCUAACGCCGAUCGGCUAUGCGGACCUAAUCAACGGUGCUACACUGGUGGUGAAAGCAACACAAAUAGACAAUGCAGACCGUUAUGCUCUAACAACGGUCAUGUUGACGCGGGCAGGCACCCAUGGUGAUAUGACGAGUUUAGCCUUUGUGCAGCAAAAGUUUCUCAUGCGUAUACGCGAAGACACGGCAGUAGGAAAUCGCAUUCUCGCGUUGCCUUCGAACAAACCUGGAAAGCACUUGAAGUAUUCAAUACUCGAUCCAGUAAAUUCAAAGUUCUUCAGUGUUGGGUCAUUAGGCGAAGUGAUCUUGGUUAAACCUCUAGACUAUGAAAAAAUGACAAAACAUGAAUUUCAAGUAAUGGCCACGGAUGGUUUGACAAAUAUUACAGCUGAUAUAACGAUGAACGUGAUCGACGUAAAUGACUGGGAGCCCAGAUUUCGUGAGACGCAUUAUGAAUUUUUAGUGCCCAAAAGCCCUCCCGAUUCACAAACUGAAUCAUUUGACGGUAUUCUAAUUGGAAAAGUGGAGGCUGCAGAUGGCGAUCGCAAUGAUAAACUAGAAUUUUCGCUGCGAGGACAACAUGCUGGUCCUUUUGAAAUAGACUCUAACGGAAGCAUUUACAUGCGUCCUGAGCAACUUCAGAAGCUUAACGAAUCAACGGUGCACUUAAUAGCCAUAGCAACGGAUUCCGGUGUACCACCACGAAGUACCUCGGUACCUGUCACUGUAACAUUGGAAGAGGUUCAACUUGCACAAAUGUCUUGGAGUUCCAGUUCAAUAGGAAUGAUGAGCACCUUUAUCAGUGUGUUUAUCCUUGUUAUAUUCAUACUCACUUGCUACAUAGUGCGUUCGAAGAGCAGAAGGCAAAAGAGUCCACCGCCGUUGGGACGAAAUCGUGUACAUAACCACGUAAACAGCACAGUAUCCUCGGCCAACUUAGUGACUCACGAGAAAAUUUCUGGCAAUGAAAAUGGGGCUGUAGUCAUUAGCGGCAACAGUGGAGUAUCCGUGCUGCAUAUGAAGCACGACAGUAAUGUCACUAUGUCGAACCCUAUUGGCAGAGGCUUUACUCAUUCUGAAGUCGGCAUGCCAAUCUCCACCACUCUAGCGGCGAAUUUGGAACGCGAAGCUAAACGAGAACAGGAACGUGAUCAUGAAAGGCAACGCGAAAGUUAUGCGGCCACAGUGCGAAGCAUUGUUUCGCGUGCCUCUGCCAAUGGGCAAUUAUGCGAAGAGGACGAAAUCGAAAACGACUCUCUUUCCAACCAGGGCAACAUGGGACCAGACAACAAUAAUAAAAAAAAUGCAUGGGCGCCGUCGAGUGGUUCACAACGAUGGGUUACAUCAAAUUUAGACUAUAAUGCUGUUAGUGGUUCCAACCUUCUUGCAGCAACUGAGACAAUGGGCUCGUCGGAAAAUAAUUUAACUGUAUAUUUUUAA